GUUCCGUUGCAAACACCUCUCAGUGUGUGUGGGUAUGUUUGUGUUCGUGAGUCUCUUCACCACACGCUGAAACCAUGGCUGCCAAGAUGGAGCUAGCGCCCCUCCGACCGUGGGACGACUUCUGUCCCGGGAUGGACCGGUUCGCCAAACCGGACUUCGGGGAUUUGACCAAGUGGAACAACCGAGUCAUCAGCAACCUGAUGUACUACCAGACCAAUUAUUUCGCUGUGGCCCUGGUGGUCUUCCUCAUCGUCGGGUUCCUGAACCCGUUCGGCAUGUUCCUGGGAGGAGCCGUGGUGGCCCUGGUGUUCGGAGGCUCGGUGUGGGCAGGAGAGAACAAGGCCACCGUCAAGAACUUCAAAAGGAAGAACCCCGCCCUGUUUGUCAUCGGGGUCAUGGCCACCAGCUACUUUGUGCUGUCGCUGUGUGGUGGUGUCAUGGUGUUCAUCUUCGGAAUCACCUUCCCCCUGCUGUUGAUCCUGAUCCACGCCUCUCUGAGACUGCGCAACAUGAAGAACAGACUGGAGAACAAGAUUGAGGGCGUCGGGCUGAAGAGGACCCCCAUGAGCAUCAUCAUGGACCUCCUGGAUCAGCAGGAGGUGAAAAUGAACAAGAUUCAGGAUUUUAUUGAGAGCAAACUGAAGGAGUGAGGCUCUGUAUUCCUGAGUGUGCCAAGGGAAUUAAAUGUCACAUACAGAAAGGAUUUAACAUUUCCUCAGCAUUAUCCCACGUAUCAGGUUUUUAUCCUCCCACCUCUAUAUCCCGGAGUUUGCAUUCCCAUACUUUUUAUCCAUUUAUCUUUUUUCUCAUAUAGGAUUGUUUGGGUUUAAACUGUAAAAGAUGCUUAGGCAGAUUUGCACAAUCACCCCUGUGCACUGGAUGUUAACAGGCAAUAGGCGCCAAAGAUUUUCCAAAGUUUUGAGCACUUCUGUGUCAAAGAGUAUUCCCAAUAAUAUUCCCAAAACGACUAAUUCCCUUGUUGACAACGCACUUUGAGUAAAACUUGAAUGUUUCAACACAUUGCAAUUAUAUUUAUUAUUAAAACAAAGUCAGAUCCUUUCAGUUUGCUACCUCAAAACGAGCGUGUUACAUUUUUUCUCUCAGCACCAACGAACCUGUUAGUGAAGAGCAUAACUCCUAUCUCGACUCUCCAGGAGCUGUAUAAAUAGUGAUCUGAAGCCAGUGUGCUUCUAAAGUUAACGGUAUUGGCUGACUAAUAAAUCCUGGAGUUUAAAAUAUAUGUCGAUAAAAGCAUUCCUGACCGAUCAGGCUGAUGUAUCCCCCUCUGACCACAGCUAUGCAAUAUUUAACAAAUGAAAAAAAAAAGAAUUGCAAGUUCGGCUUUAUUGUUUGAAUAGUAUGUCAUGGUAUUACAAUGUCUGUUGUUAUUUUUUUUUAUGUAUUUUUAUUUUCAUACUUUAGCAUGCAGAAAUGUAUAAAGUGGCUGCAGACUACAGAGUAUAUAUCUAUUUAUGACUUUGGCAAUGUGGCAAAAAUUCUGAUAAAGUAAAACAUUAGUUUACCACCUUUCUGGACUAGAUACAAAUUAUGCCAUUUUCCCCCCCAAAAUUGCCUUUCCUUGUACAAAAAAAAUUAUUAUAGCUAAUAAAUCUGUAAUCUGUAAUAUGUUUAUCUUAAACUGCUUCUUCCUGAUAGUAAAAGCAGUCGUUCUCUGUUGCUUUUUCACGCCUUGACUCCACUUUGUGCAUGAUGACCUCACCCGUGGCAGUUCAGAUUGUUCUUGAAUGCUUUAUUAUACACACAGCGUAUUAUCUCUGUUUCUAUGUGACCUUUUCAUUGUUGGAAAGUGAAGAUGAACUCACAGAAAUGGCCAUGAAAACAGCUGUCCCGUGUAAAAACAUUAAAGAGAACCUGAUUUAU